AUGCAUCAAAAUUUCCAUAUUAGACGAUGUUUAACACACGUUCGUAGAGACGUUCAAAACUGUAAACGAUCUUCUCUAUUGAUACUCAUAAUCCUGCAGAAACUUCUGGCAUUGUUGUUUUGUUUGUUUACUACAUUAUUCGAGCAUCAGAUUCAUGUUUAUAAAUGUCACCAAUAUUCUCAUCAUCCUAAAAGAAGACUUGUUUCAACACGAACAGGAAUAACUCCAGGUGUUUCAACUGAGAUCUGCGGGAUAAAACAUUGUAAAAUGAUGUUUAUUAAAGAAGAGAGUGAGGACAUGAGUUAUCCAGAAUCAUGCAGUUCAAAUGUCAUGAAAAAUGAAGAUACUGAGGAACAAAGAGAGCUGAUGGACGUGAAAGAAGAAAGUCAAGAACCGAAUGAAGUGGAGGAGGAGAAACACAAUCCGUGUCAGACACUUUAUAGUUUCAAAACUGGACAAAACUCUUUUAGUGGCUCACAGACUGAAACAAAUUUCUCACAAAAAAGAACUCUAAGAACAAGAGCCAAAAAGUCUUUCUCCUGCCAUCAGUGUGGGAAAACUUUUACACGUAAAGCAAGUCUUACUAGGCACAUGAGAAUUCACAGUGGAGAAAAGCCUUUCAAAUGCCAUCAGUGUGGAAAGAGUUUCAGACAAUCAUGUAGUCUCAAAAGCCAUUUGUCCUUUCACUCUGGAGUAAAGUCAUAUAGCUGUGAUCAAUGCGGCAAAACAUUUUCUUCAAGAUCAGUCUUACAAACACACUGGAAAAUUCAUCCAAAUGAGAAGCCUUACUUGUGUUCAUUUUGUGGAAAGGGUUUUUCAAUUCUGCGCAGUUUAAAAGACCAUCAGAGAAAACAUACCGCUGUGAGAGAUCAUAUGUGCUCUGAGUGUGGGAAGGCCUUUUACAGAGCUUACUUCCUGGAACAGCACCAGAGAAUUCAUACUGGAGAAAAACCUUACAAGUGUUCACAUUGUGGAAAGAGUUUCACUACUUCAGGAAACCUGAAAAAACAUGAGCGAGUGCAUACUGGAGAGAGACCACAUCACUGCACUUCAUGUGGAAAAAGUUUCAGUACAUCAGGAAACCUGAAAGCACAUGAGCGAGUGCAUACUGGAGAUAAACCGUACCACUGCACUUCAUGUGGAAAGAAUUUCAGUCAAUCAAGUAAUCUACUGACUCAUAGAAAAAAUCAUUGUCCUUUGUUGUCACAUUGAGCAAAGUUAAUUUUUAUUUGCCUGGAUAAAAAGAUUAAAAAAAUAGGAAUUUCUCUCAAAAGUCCAAUUACAAUUAAAGCUGAUGUAAUUUAUGUUUGUAAUUAAGUAUAUCAUUUACACAAGCACCACUGAAUGGAAUUGCAAAAAUAAAC